AUGCCUCCACUAUCUAGUAAACGUUUGAGACAACGCUCUUCUAACAAGGCACUACGGACUGGAGAACCUGCAGCUUUGGAAGGUUGGUUACGGGAAUUUGACAAAUUGUUUAACGUGGUACAAUGCCCAGAGCACUUGAGGGUAGACCAGGCUGCAUUUUACCUUCAAGAAGAGGCAGAUUAUUGGUGGUCGAAUGCAAGAGAUAGUGUGAUGAGUGAUCCUGAUAAUCCGCUAAGUUGGAAGGAUUUCAAGACGAUGAUUCGAGAAAAGUUCUACCCACCACAUAUAAGGAAGCAGAAGUCCAAUGAAUUUGCCAGAUUUGAGAUGGGAGGGAUGUCCGUGGAUGAAUACUAUAAGAAGUUCAUGGAAUAUGUCAAAUACUGCCCUGACGACGUCCCUACCGAAGAAAAGAAGAUGCAAAGAUUUGAAUUGGGAUUAGUGAACCAGGUGCAAGUUCACAUUGAUAGUGACAGGUACACCACAUUGGAUGCGAUGUAUCAGAGAGCCGCUCAAGUUGGGAGCUUGCUCAACAAGAGGCAUCGAAGCUUCAAUGAGCAACACCUUGGAAAUAGGAGAAAUGGUAAGCCUCAGUUGGGAGGUGCUAGUGAUCGAAAGGUUGUCAAUGAUCGUCAUGGCAAGGAGAGGGUCUUCUUUUGCUCUAAGUGUCCCAACAAUCACCCGGGGAAAGAUUGUAAUGGAAAUUUGGUAGAGUGCAAAUAUUGUGGCAAGCUGGGACACCGAGAAUAUGAGUUCUUUGCAAAGCAUGGACAUCCAGCUCAACAACAUAAUGGGCAACAAAGCUCCAGACCGGGGAAUUUCAGAAAUAACAACAAUGGAAACGACCACGGUAGUAGGAAGCUGAACCACCAGAGGGAUUGGAAUGGAAACCGCACACCUCAAGGUAGCUUCAAGCCUGGAGGGCUUAAUGGGAACAACAAUCGGAAUGGCAAUGGAGGAGCCAGCACGGCGGUAACUCAUCCAACUACUGGGAGGUUGACAGCUAUUAGCAGUAAGGAGGCAGAGUCGGCAAGGGAUGUGGUGACAGGUACGUUCCUUGUGAAUUCAGUACCUGUUAAAGUAUUGUUUGAUACUGGAGCAUCUGAUUCUUUUGUAUGCACAUCAAAGAUCAAGAAGUUAGGAUUAAAAAACCCUGAAUCCACCUCUAAUGUAGUAGCGAUUCCAACGGGGGAGUUAUUCCAGUGUAAUAGGUUAUAUAGAGGAGUUCCUUUAAUCAUAGGAGGAGUUGUUUUCCCUAGUAACUUGUAUGAGCUCGAUAUGGAUGACUUAGACAUCAUUCUUGGGAUGGAUUGGUUAGGUCAUUUCAAGGCAGAGAUUGAGUGCGACAAACAAGAAGUGAGGCUUGUAGGACCUAAAGGAAAAAGGGUAAAGUAUAACAAGGGCACUCCGGGGUCACGGGCUAAAAUGAUAUCUUCUUUGAGAAUGAAGAGACUGCUGAGGCAGGGAUUGCCUUGUUACUUGUGUCACGUUCGAAGAAUAGAGGAUAAGGUUAUGACUCUUGAGACCGUUCCCGUCGUAAACGAGUUUAUGGAUGUCUUCCCAGACGAAAUACCUGGAAUGCCACCUACUCGGGACUUUGAAUUUACCAUAGACUUAGUACCGGGAGCGGGACCCAUAUCUAAAGCGCCCUAUAGGAUGGCACCAGCAGAGAUGGAAGAAUUGAGAAAACAAGUAGAAGAGUUGUUGGAGAAAGGGUACAUACGACCGAGUGUUUCGCCCUGGGGAGCACCUGUGUUGUUUGUUCGCAAGAAGGAUGGGAGUAUGAGACUAUGCAUAGAUUACCGUGAGUUGAACAAGGUUACUGUGAAGAACAAAUACCCUCUACCGAGAAUUGAUGACUUGUUUGACCAACUUAAGGGAGCCGGAAUGUUUUCAAAGAUUGACUUGAGGUCUGGCUAUCAUCAAUUGAGAAUAGCGGAGAGAGAUAUACCCAAGACGGCCUUUAGGACUCGCUAUGGGCAUUUUGAGUUUACAGUGAUGCCAUUUGGGCUGACGAAUGCACCAGCAGCAUUCAUGUGUUUGAUGAAUCGGGUAUUCAGUGCAUGUCUUGAUAAGUUUGUCGUAGUCUUCAUCGAUGAUAUCUUGGUGUAUUCAAAGGAUGAGGGAGAGCACGAGCAACAUUUGAGGCAAGUAUUGCAGAUACUUCGGGAGAAUCAAUUGUAUGCCAAAUUUUCUAAGUGUGAGUUUUAG